AUGUCUUUGAAAAGUGAGGCUUGCAAAAAUAAAUUGUUGUUAUCCAAAGCCCAGAAAGCCUGGAUAGAGAAAACCUUCAGUAAAAAGGAAUGUGUGAAAUUCAUCGGGGGAGUUCGAGAACCAAGGAGAUGUGGAUGUGGCAAGCUGUUUGCGAGUCAUGCUCAUCUGACACAAACGACACACCUCAAGUCAUCAGCUACUGAAAAGUGGUCUCCAGAGAAACACACUGUAGUGUCACCAACUGAUUCAUAUGGCUUACUUGAAUUCAAAGGAUCUGGACAAGCCAAUAAGGCACAGUAUAUACGACUGUCACAUGACACACCACCAGAAUCUAUGUUGGAACUACUUCGUGAAGAAUGGAAAUUGGAACUACCCAAGUUAGUAAUAUCAAUCCAUGGUGGAAUUCAAGACUUUGACCUUCAACCAAAGUUGAAAAGAGUUUUCAGCAAGGGAUUACAGAAAGCUGCCAAAACCACAGGUGCCUGGGUGCUUACUGGAGGAACUAACACUGGUGUCACUGUUCAUGUCGGGGACUCGCUCAACAAUCGAUCUGUAAGAAUGCGUGGAAGAACCGUCACCAUAGGAAUCGCUCCAUGGGGAGUACUUUUAAAUAGAGAUAACCUUCUAGGAAGAGAUGCUGUAAAACCUUACUACACAGUACCAUGUCCAACAUCUAAGGGAGCAAUAUUGAAUAGUAGUCACACUCACUUUCUACUGGUAGAUAACGGUACUGCUGGAUGUUAUGGGGCUGAAAUCAAGCUUCGUAGACACUUAGAAAAAUACAUAUCAAAACAAAGAAUUAGUUCUCGUAGUCGUCGUUGUGUGCCUGUUGUAUGCGUGGUAGUGGAAGGUGGUCCAAACACAAUUCGUUCAAUACUUACCAUGGUAACUGAUAUGCCACCAAUACCCAUUGUUGUUUGUGAUGGUAGUGGUAGAGCUGCAGACCUCAUUGCUUUUGUACAUAAAUAUGCAGGGGAUGAUGGAACAAUGUUGGAAACUUUAAGAGAUCAACUGUUAGUAACAAUUCAGCAGACUUUUAGUUUUACUCGGGACCAAGCAGAGAAAUUAUUUGUGGAAUUAAUGCUAUGCAUAAGAAGAAGAGAUCUGAUUACUGUUUUUCGCAUGGAUGAUGAUGAGUCUGAAGACAUCGAUCUGUCAAUCUUGACUGCCUUGUUGAAAUCUCAGAAUGCAUCUCCUUUGGACCAGCUGUCGUUGUCGUUAGCCUGGGACAGAGAAGACAUUGCCAAAAAACAAGUGUUCGUCUAUGGUGUAGAAUGGCCUGAAGGAGCCUUGGAGCAAGUGAUGAUGGAUGCUCUUACCUACGAUCGAGUGGAAUUUGUUAAAUUAUUAAUGGAUAAUGGAGUUAAUAUUCAGAAAUUCCUGACAUUUUCCAGAUUAGAGGACCUUUAUAAUAUCGUGAGUGUCACUUUGCAUUAUCUUGCUAGGGACAUAAAAAAGAAUAAUCACAAUAGCCAGCGAUAUACUUUGAUUGAUAUCGGCAUGGUGAUGGAACAGCUUAUGGGUGGUGCUUAUCGAUCUUUGUAUACUAGAAAGAAGUUUAAAAUGGUUUAUCAGAAUACAAUACGAACACCACUCAGGAAGAUACCAAGAUCAAAUUUUGCUAAUCUUAAGAAAACUGUAUCAGGCAUCUCUAUGGCUGACAUGGACGAUUCAACAGUAAAUCGAAAAACCGAAACUUUCACCUAUCCCUUCCAUGAGCUGAUGGUCUGGGCGGUGCUCAUGAAAAGACAUAAAAUGGCGUUAUUCAUGUGGCAGCAAGGUGAAGAAGCAUUAGCCAAAGCGCUUGCAGCAAGUAAACUGUACAAAGCAAUGGCACGUGAUGCAGAACAAAUCGAUAUAGAAUCAGACACUGCACAGGAGCUAAGAGGAUACUCCAGUGAGUUCCAAACGCUGUCGUUGGAAUUAUUAGAUCAAUGUUACCAUGUUGAUACGAUACAGACACAGCAAUUACUGACUUAUGAGUUGAAGAAUUGGAGUUUGUUGACUUGUCUCAGUUUAGCCGUCUCUGCCAAUCACAAAGAAUUCAUAGCACAUCCAUGUUGCCAAGCUCUGCUCAAUGACAUGUGGAUGGGUGGACUGCAAAUGAGAAAAAACACUUUCAUUAAGGUAAUACUUGGAAUACUGUUACCCCCAUCCAUACUAGCAUUAGAGUUUAAGAGUAAAGAAGAGUUACAGUUGAUGCCACAGACGAUAGAGGAACAUUAUCAGGAUUUGCAAGAAACAGCCGACAAAACAUCUCUACAUGAUGCAAUGGAGAUGGAUGAACAAACUGGUAUGAUGGCCAGUGGUAUUGUGAAUGCAGGACAGAAAGCAGCCAUGAUAUUGGGUGUACAAGAUGAUGCUGCAGAUAAUGGCAAAAAAAGCAAACUCAGACUAGGAAAGAAGAUUUAUGAAUUUUACAAUGCACCUGUCACUAAAUUCUGGGCGCAUACUAUGGCUUAUAUACUAUACCUGGCCAUCUUUAACUAUGUGGUCCUGGUUAGAAUGGAGUCAACACCACGGUGGCAGGAGUGCUACAUUAUCAUUUACAUCAUAACACUAGCAAUAGAGAAGACAAGGGAGUUAUUUCAAUCAGAAACCGGUAACUUAAGUACAAAAGUGAAGAUUUUUUAUAGCGAUUACUGGAACAUCAUAGACACGAUGGCAAUUUUGCUGUUCAUUGUUGGUAUUUUUCUACGCUUCAACCCCCCAACCAUGGCAACUGGUAGAGUAAUCUACUGUAUAGAUAUUAUAUUUUGGUAUAUAAGAUUACUUGAUAUCAUGAGUGUUAAUAAAUACCUCGGUCCCUACGUGACCAUGAUCCCAAAAAUGGUUGUAGAUAUGAUAUAUAUUUUAUUGAUAUUGACUGUUAUAUUGAUGAGUUUUGGCGUUGCUAAGCAAGCUAUACUGAAACCUGAUGAAGACCCUCAUUGGUUGCUAGCGAGGGAAAUAUUUUUUCAGCCAUACUUUAUGCUGUACGGCGAAGUGUUCGCUCCUGAAAUUGAUCCACCAUGCGGUGAUGAUCCAGAUCUUCCUGCCUGUAUGACCGGACACUGGAUUACACCAAUCAUCAUGACACUGUUUUUACUGGUUGCAAAUAUAUUAAUUAUAAAUUUGAUUAUUGCUACAUUUAAUAACACAUUUGCCGCAAUCAAUGCAAUGUCUAGAAUUAUAUGGAAGUUUCAGAGAUAUCGUCUAGUAAUGGAAUAUGAACAAACCGCAGUGCUUGCACCACCAUUAAUGAUCAUCAGUCACAUUUACACAUUCUUUAGAUUUUUAUUUCGCCGUUGUCGGAAAUUCCGCCCAACUACGCUGGAUCGGGGUCUCAAGCUUUUUUUAACUGAGGAGGAUGUUGAGAAAGUGUUUGAUUUUGAAGAGGAAUGUAUGGAGUAUUAUUUUCGGACGAAACAAGAGAAGAUGCGAUGCAGUGAUGAGAUCAGGAUUGCGGAAACGCAUGAAUGUACUGAUGCGAUGUCCUUGAAGCUUGAUGAGGUCAAUGAAAAGAACAAUAGGACAAAAUUGACCAUGCAUAUUGUGGAUCAGAGGUUGACACGAUUGGAACAAAUUGCUAUGCAAACCAUAACGUCUGUGCAUUCCAUGGAAAAAAUACUGACAUCGCAAUUGUGUGACAUGGUGCUCUCUCCUCGCAGUGCUGCAGUUGAGGUGGCUGAGGCGGUGACGCCAAGAAAAAAAGAAGUCCUUCAAUCGCAUAGCGAAGAAGUCUGUAAAUCAGCGAAGGAUCGAGAAUCAAUUUCGCCGAUUUCUUUAUCUGUUGAUAGUAGCCCUCAGCAGUUGUCAAAGAUCAGCAGCAAAGAAAGUGAGGAUCCAAUGAAAAAGUUAAUUGCUCAGGCCAGUGAUGAAACGACCACAAAGGAGAAAGAAAGCACUCACAGCGAAGAGGAUGCAAAGAUGUCUUUCAAGAGUAAACUAGAGAGACAGCACCAUGUGUAUGGUACAAAGGACCAAUCAGAUGUAACUUCACCUUCACCAGAGAAGGAAAAACCAAAGAAAGUACUAAAAAAGAAACGAAAGAGUACAUUUGAACGGUGGGCAUCAAUGCAGGGAUCGGCCCAAUCAGCAGAUGAGCAGUCCGACGAGGAGUUCAAGCCACCUAUAAGACAGAUUUCGCAGUUUGGAAAGCAAGUUCACAGUGCGAAAGGGCUUCCCGUGUUACAGAUGCCAUUACCUAGUGAAGCCACGUGUGCAUUCAAUAGAUUCGGCCCUGAUAUGCGAAUGUCUUCACUUCUGCAUGGCGGUGCUGGGAAUGUUAACUUGUUACCUAUGCAUAACGAUAGUCGCCGUAGUUCGGACAGUGCUAUGUCUGCCUUCAGCUUUUCCAGCUUUACUCCUGAUGAUCCCUUGUCCAGAAUACAGAUACCAAAACCCAAACCAUACACUAGCGUACCUACGUAUUCAAGUAUUACUGAUACAAUUGACACAAGCGUGUUCAACAACUCAAUUCCUGUCAGUCCGCUAACCAACCAUGAUUACCAUACCAUUACCAAUGUAAUAGACACAACUACAGCGGCAGGUCCGCCAAGUCCCCCGACAACCCCGUUGUACAGAAAUGCCAACCCUGAUUAUGACAUAAACAGAUACAGCUCACGCGCUAUGAUGCCUCAGUUUUCCAGUGAUCCCUCGGUCAGUCUUAAGCUAGCUGAGCAAAGAGAUUACGAACUGAUGGAAGACGAGGUGCACUGUAAAAUCCAUAGCACCGUCGGUAAAACUUCCAUGAUGAAUCGUGAUAAUUCAGCAGAAAAAGUAGAGUUUAGAAUUGGAGGAAAGAAGAUUGCGAGCUUGCAAAUGAGCGACAGCGAUGAACUCUAA